GUCCCUCCCCCUCGCUCCCCUCCCCUUCGCCCCUCGCGGCUCCCGCGUCCUCCUCCCGGACCCUGCGCCGCCCUCGCCACCCGCGCGCCCGCACUCCCGGCCCGCCUCGCUCGCCGCGCGGGGUGCGCCCUCCUCGGUCCCGCGCCCUCCGGGCUCGCAGGGACGCCCUCCUCCCUCCCGGCUCGGCCCCGCCCGGCGGCCCCCGCCCCGAGCCCCAGCGAGCGAGCGCGCCGAGGAUGUGAGUGCUGCUCUCCUCCGCCGGAGCAGCAGCCACUCGCGCGUCGAGCCCGAGCGCAGCGCAGCGCAUUCGCGGGCGCUCGCUGGGUCUCUAGCGCGGGCGGCGCGCUCCUGCCCUAGCGGUGUCUCCCGGCCCCUCGCCGGCGCCUCCGUCGCCGCGACCCGCGGGCCGUUCCCAGCCGGCCGCCCCCGGCCCCAGCGCCGCUGACCCUGUCCUCCGCGGGCGGGGACGCGGGCGGAGGAGGUGCCGCCGCCGAGCCCCCGAACGCGACCAUGUCGGAGGUGCUGCCCUACGGCGACGAGAAGCUGAGCCCCUACGGCGACGGCGGCGACGUGGGCCAGAUCUUCUCCUGCCGCCUGCAGGACUCCAACAACUUCUUUGGCGCCGGGCAGAACAAGCGGCCGCCCAAGCUGGGCCAGAUCGGCCGGAGCAAGCGGGUUGUUAUUGAAGAUGAUAGGAUUGAUGACGUGCUGAAAAAUAUGACCGACAAGGCACCUCCUGGUGUCUAACUCCCCCAAAGACAAUGGGUUAAGAAAGAAUGAGAACAGCUGCGGUAACAGUUAUUGGCAAAAAGCAUGAUAAAGAGAAGGCACUUUGAAAUUUAUUACUAGCUUGCUACCCACGAUGAAAUCAACAACCUGUAUCUCGUGUCAGGCCGGAGACAGAUGAGGCAGGAGGUAGAGGAGGUGGAGGAGGAGAAGGUGGAGGAGG